AUGUCCACAGGCAGCGUCGUUUCAACCGUCAUUUUCUUCCUCCUCACCUUGGCGGCGACGAUACUCAUCUUUAGGCACUACACAAGGAUAUCGGCCAAGUCUAUGCCGCUACUCUGUCGCGUGUUCAUUAUCAUCGCUCUGUGUUCCGCCAUCGUGCCGUUCCCACUCCUUGUGGUAGACAUCAACGCGGCCCUCGACGCCAAGGCGGACCCAGACAUGCCGAAGGAAACGUGGCUUAUCGGCUUGUGGUACGCCAUCGUGGCGGCGACGUACAUCAUGGGCUGGGCAGUGCUGCCAGUGUCACAGGCGUACACGGAGGUAGGGCAGUUCACUCCGAAGCGCAAGAUCACGCAGGCCAUCAAGAUGAACGCGAGAUUCUAUGCCAUAUCCAUCGUUGUGUUCGUUGUGUUCUUUGCCUAUAUAGCCUUCCUGAAGGGGGCCUAUGGUUCCUUAGCCAACAUACUGAAGCUUGCGAUAUCUUUGGCGAACGCUUGGGGUCUCUUCCUGCUGGUAGUGUUCAUGUCGGCGGGUCUCGUGGGCGUGCCUAAGAUGUUGUGGCGUAGCGCCGACGCGGUGCGACUGCUGCGCCGCUUGUACUUUAGUGCCGUCGACAUCCAGGAAGACCUCGACAUCGCUGCCAUGGACCUCGCAGAGGUCAAGGCAGAACUCAUGACGAUUGACCCUCUUAUUGCGGAGGAGCACAAACCGUACUGGACGCACAUGAUGGAGGAGAUCGCCAACGCGGACCGCGACAUUCCGCAGUAUCACUCCGCUAGUGCGCGGGUGAAGCCGAUAACCAGCGGCAACAACACUGAUGUCUCGCUGAAGCACUUAGAAGAUUUGCACAAACGUGUCAAGUAUUCCAUCAAGAUUGCACAGCGCAUGAACUACCGAUGGGACUCGACGAUUCGCAGAUCGCAUGCGUACGAUGAGUUGCUGCGCGGGGUGAAGUCGACCAAUAACCCGAUAAAAAAGGUUUGGUUUCGUAUACGCGGUGCCGUGUACAGAGUUGGCGCAGUCUGUACUGGCAUUCUCACCCUCCUAGUGCUCUGGAGCGAACUCGUGCUGCCAUUUCAGCCACUAACAACGAAACGUCUUUCCGUUAUAGAACUUGCGAUGGGCAGUAAGUUUGAGCUCGUCUGGUCAAUGGUGUUCAUGUUUUACAUGGCCUAUUGCUCUUACUGGGCUAUUCUGCAGUUUAAAGUAUUUGACAUGUAUGUCAUACUGCCAAGUAUAUCUGACAACGCAUCUCUGUGUUUCAGUGCGACUUUCUUGACACGACUUAUUAUGCCGUUGUGUUUUAACUAUUUGCUAAUGGCGGGCCUUGCAAGGGAUGCAGCAGACGUGAUGUAUGGACACGUUUACCGCCGAAACAUGGACGUCAGUCUGGUCCUCGGUUCAUGGCUUAACCACUUCAUCCCUAUGUUUAUUCCAUUUAUGUCGGCACUGGUGCUGGCAAAAAUAGUGGACCGUCUCCUUAUUCUGGUCGGUAUUGAGGUUCACAGCCCAGAUGAUGUAAUGAACAACGCCGUGCGCCAGCGAAUCGAGGACGGCCACCGGCUCAUGUCACACGCCCUCGGGCAUCCCCUAACGGCUUUAGACCUCAACAGUUUGGGCGUUGUGGGAGACGGGGGUAUGUCUUCAAAUGAGGUGAAUGCCGCUGCUGCUGCAGCAGCGGCUGAGCGGUCACGACCAAAACAGCGUGGGGAGCGCUACAGGGAAUAUUUGGCGAGAAGAAAUGACGCAAAUGAAAGAGAGCUUGUUUGA